GGCGGCGGGCCCGGCGCGGAGGCCGGGUCCAGGGUCCAAGGCUCGGGUAGAGCCUUGACUGGGCUGCGAGGCCUGGGUCUGCCUCGUCCCCUGGCGCCAUGGCCGCUGAGGUGGUGGUUGUGGGAUCCUGUAUGACCGACCUGGUCAGCCUUACUACACGAUUGCCAAGAGCUGGAGAAACUAUCCUUGGACAUAAGUUUUUCAUUGGUUUCGGUGGGAAAGGAGCCAACCAGUGUGUCCAGUCUGCUCGACUUGGGGCCAAGACCUCACUGAUCUGCAAGGUUGGGAAGGAUUCCUUUGGCAAUGAUUAUGUUGAAAAUUUGAAGAAGAAUGGUAUUUCUACAGCAUUUGUAGGUCAGACUACAGAUGCUGCUACUGGAACGGCUUCAAUAAUUGUCAACAGUGAAGGUCAGAAUGUUAUCGUCAUAGUCCCAGGAGCCAACCUGCUUUUAAAUUUUGAAGACCUGAAGAGGGCUUCUGAUGUCAUCUGUAAAGCCAAAGUGGUUGUUUGCCAGCUAGAAAUAACCCCUGCUGUUUCUCUGGAAGCUCUGAAAAUGGCACAUGCCAGUGGAGUAAAGACUUUGUUUAAUCCAGCUCCAGCCCUUGCUGACCUAGAUCCACAAUUUUAUUCCUACUCUGACAUCUUCUGCUGCAACGAAACUGAGGCAGAAAUUUUAACGGGCAUCCCAGUUGGCAACCUUGAAGAUGCUGAAAAGGUGGGACGCAUGCUGUUAGAAAGAGGGUGUAAGCUCGUAAUUGUUACUCUUGGAGCAGAAGGCUGCAUGAUGAUAUCAGUAGAAGAACCCAUUCCAAAGCACGUUCCUGCUGGGAAGGUCAGGGCUGUGGACACUACGGGAGCUGGAGACAGUUUUGUGGGAGCACUGGCCUUCUACCUGGCUUACUAUCCCAAGUUAGCCAUGGAGGAAAUGAUCAGGAAGUCUAACUGCGUCGCAUCAGUGAGCGUCCAGGCAUCAGGGACACAAUCUUCAUAUCCUUACAGGAAGGACUUGCCUCAGGACCUUUUCUAAUUGACAUUGUCUAGCUCAAUGUACUGAUUUUAUCUUAUCCCAGACAGCAUUAUUCUCCUGACUGCACCGAGGUUCUCCUCUGCUGACUGGAAAGACCAGGAAAGUCUCUUUGCUUCUUAUUUGAGGAAUCCUGUUAGUUUGUGUUCUACAACAGUAUGAUGGGGCAGUGGGCCUUUCAAACGCAGCACGGCAGGUCUCUCUGGCCCCGCACACAGCCACUGGGCUCGUGGCCAUCCCACCCAAUGCGCUACACUGAACUACACAAAGUUUACAGCAAAACAUCUGGAGGGUAUUGGGCUCCUGGUGAUGUUUCACCUUGAUUUUAAUCAGAACUUCUGAUGUGCCAUGCCAGCACGUGAAGCUGAGCGUUAGCUUUGAGACUGCAACUUCAGCCCCUGGCUGCAGCCACCAAGGCCAGCGUCUGGCUCAUAACAAAGCACCGUACCUCCAGCCCCCCAGCCCAUCUGUUCCCCUGUGCCUCAGAUGCGGGCUGCGGCGCUGCCCUCUGCCACGCUGUGGAAGGUCCCUCAAACCACAAAGAGGACAAGAGUGCUACUGAGGUAGACUUUGAAAAAUGUUUCUAGCCAUAUGGCUCUAAACAUAGGUGAGCUAAUUAAAGAAAAUCUUCCACAAGUAUCAGAGAACUCUGGCCCUGUGCUUUCUUCAUGCUUGACAAAAAUCCAGGAGUGAAAAAUCCAUCCUACUUACCUGACUGAAAAUAACAUAGACCUGUAGCCAUAGUCACAGCUUAUCCAAAAGCUCAUCUCAUUUCACCAGGUUCCCGUUGCUUCUUCCUUUCCUAGGAAGGAGCUGGUGCAACACUACCCCUCCAAGGAAUGACACCAAUUUGUGGUAACUACUGUUGAAUCUGUGGCUGGUAGGUUAGAAAAACUUGCAAUCCUGCCAUUGAAUUCCUGCUGUGGAAAAUGUUAAUUUUUAUUGCCUUAUAAAACAAUAGUUCCUUUGAA